CUCUCUCCUUUGCAUUUCUGCCCACCCCAUUUGUCCUUCAGAGCCAUUGUAUUCGGGGUAGCCUGCGAGGAACACAACGAAGUGAUUCUCGGCAGGUAGGUAGAAAAUGAAAAAGAGCGAGUCUCUUAGUCUCGAUGAGAGUGACAACGAACACGUGGUCGAGUGAUCGAUAUAUAUUUUAACUGCCGGUAGUGGUGCGCAGCAUAAAGAAAUAAGAGCAUAAGCGUAGUCUGUUCGCGAGUAAAUAAGAUCUUUGUCCUUUAGUCGGUCGAUAGUUGUCUCUAGAGUCAAUACCGUCGAAUAAGCAACGAUACGGUCAUAAUUUGGACCGUAGUUCGGAAAGAAUUCCUCGCGAGGAAGCCCACCCGUUAGGACAUGGGAGAUCGCUGUAUCCGUGCAAAUCAUCACAUUGCAGAUCUUAGGAAUGCGGAAGCGGAUGGCGAAGGGAGGUGAUGGUCCGCGCUUGAGGUGGUUGGUCUUUUUGAUCGCAGUAGUAGCGGUGGUGGUGCGAGUCGCGGGUGGACCUUCGGACAGACUGUUGUCGAUCGCAAACGCGUCGUCGUUGUCGUCGUCGUCGUCGUCGUCGUCGUCGUCGUCGUCGUCGUCGUUGGCUUUACAACAGAUAGAAUGUCCCAAUGGGUGCGAGUGCACGACCAUUACCACCAACAACAACGGUGGCAGUCUGGUAUGCGUGGGGCGCAGUUUCCCCCACGAUUUCACCUUGCCGCAGAAUAUUACGAGCGCGUUUCUAAGAAAUGUCCAGGUGAAUGCGACCGUCCUGAAGAAAUUCGACAGGCUGCGAAGUCUGACGUGGUCGUCAAGCGGCGUCAAGAGACUGGAAUCCGACGUAUUCAGCGCCACCGUAAAUCUCGAGCGACUCGAUCUAGGUGAUAAUCGGUUGGCCGACCUGCCGUCGGACGUCUUCCAUCCAUUGCAUCAACUCCAGUACCUGAACCUCACCGGGAAUCAGCUGGGCGCGCUGCCGCAGCAGCUGUUCCAGAAUCUGGAUCGUCUCCAGGAAAUCCGUCUGGCGGCGAAUCUACUUUACGUACUGCCCUAUCAGGCGUUCGCCUCCGCCAGGGAGCUCGUGUUGCUCGAUCUCAGCGGUAACCGGUUGGUCUCGCUGCCGGACCACAGCUUUCAGCCGAAUCAACAGCUGCGAGAGCUACGACUGGCCGGGAAUCGGCUAAAAAAGCCGCCCUCGCGAUUAUUCUCCGGGUUGACGCAAUUAAAAGUACUCGAUCUCGCUGACAACGAGAUCGACGCGUUACCGCGUCGCCUUUUCAACGAUCUUACGGCCUUGGAGUAUCUCGAUCUCGGGGGUAAUCCAAUCGCGCGUUUCGCAGACACCGCGUUUCAAGGCCUCGCCAAUCUACGAUGGCUCGAUCUAAGUCGUUUGCCGAUCUCGUUGUUGCCCGGUGAUAUCUGGCGACCUGUUAGCAGGCUAAGAACUCUUCUGCUAUCCGGGACCAAAUUGGAAAACCUCCGGAACAAUAAUCUGGCUGGCCUGGCUGAACUAGAGACACUGGAGAUUACAGACAGCCCACUGCGAGAGAUCGGCCAGUUGACUCUGAACGAGACACCGUCCUUACGUAGAAUCGACCUACGUAACAAUGACUUGGCCUUCCUGCCGGCAAAUGUGGCGCAUCUACCGCUCUUGAAUGAACUACAAUUGGAAGGCAAUCCGUGGGCCUGUGAUUGCCGCAUGUUUUGGUUCGUCAAGUGGACAGAGAGCAGGGCGCAUCUGCGCGCAGCUUUUCAGAGCGGACUUAGAUGCGGUCACAAGCAGGUAAACAGCACCACGACUGAUAAUACUAUGCUACAAACAUUGAGCUACCUCAAAUGCAGUCCGCCGAUCCUGUUGCGAGUUACCAAAACUCAGCAGUAUCUUCUUCUGAGUUCGGUGUUGCUGGAAUGUGAAUUCAGCGGGAAUCCUGCACCCUCCUUGACUUGGGUAACUCCGAGCGGCCUGGUGCUCCAUUGGAUGUCAGAUCCAGGAUUCCCCGACGUGUUCGUCGAGCAUCCAAAAGUGCACAGCUGGUUGUCGAAUCGGCCGGUCGUCGAUGACAACCGCAUUCGCGUUCUGGAGAACGGUUCCCUUUACAUCGCGACGUUGCUACGGCAGGAUGUGGGCAAAUACAAGUGUACGGCGUUCAACCCGAUCGCCAACGAGACCGUCUACGUGACUUUGCACAUGGAUCCGAUAACCUUACACAAUAUCAAGAUCUUCAGCAUCCUUGUCGGCGCGAUCAGCACUGCGGCGUUUCUUCUGCUGACAUUGAUGAUACAACUGUUGCGGUACUUAUUCUUGAGACGCGUGGGCGCUACUCCGCGGGCCAAGCAAAUCUACCAGAUGCUUGACAACAUCGAACAGUAUAAGAGCCAGCAGCUCGAAAGACUGAGGGAGAACUACACGCAACAGGUGCACAGAAUUAAAGACAACUGCGUUCAGCAAGUGGAAUGGAUCCGCGACAGCUACGAAGGUCAAAUGCGGCAUAUACGAGAUAUACGGGACUACGGUACCAGCCAUCUGACUGCCCUGAGAGAUCAGUACUACGAUCAGGUGAAAAGAGUACGAGACUACUCCACGAGCCAGUUGAAUUGGGUACGCGAGAAUUAUGUCUUCCAACGAAACAAGAUUCGCAAGUUCAGCGCCCAUCAAGUAUUGCGGUUGCGCGAGAGUUACAAGUACCAGCAGCAGACGCUAGCGAAAGUGCUGGAGAACUUGCCGAAUUUAUACUUUGACAAUUGUCGGAGCGGCUCGUGCGGCAAAAGUGACUCCAUGAUAUUCGAUCCUACCAAGGAUGACCUCAACGGCAUGGACACCUACUUCAAGGCGAAGAUCGAUGAUUUGGCGGCAGGACCGAGUUUGGAGGAUGUCAAUAGUGAAUACUACACGCCGACUGAAUUAUCAUCAACCAGUCCGCACACAAUAGAAGGCAUUCAUAUCAAUUACAUCGAAGAGAAUGGUCCACCGCUACCACCUCUGGGACCUCCUACAGUGUUACCCGCUUCGACAGUGCUGCAGUGUAUCAAUGAAUAUGGUAGCACGUUGUCCGUAUAUAAGAACUACGAGAACAACAAACCAAUAUUCAAAGGACCGAACGGUACGGAGGUCUUGGCGAAGGAAUUCCGUAAAGAAACUCCAGAAGCCCUGGGACUUUUAGCACCUAGCAAUAGUCUACCUGAUCUUCCACGCGAGACUAAACUUUAGCCGGCAGAAAUUAAAGCGCGUUAAAGUGGCCAAGAAUGGAUUCCUGCUAUCGUUUAAGUUAACAAAAAGUUAAAUAAAGAUAAAGAGAUUCUCAGAUAAUCGACAAGAAAUGGUGUGUAACGGAAAAGUCAACGCUAUCCUGCAUCCGAUUAAUGAAGAUCGCGAGAAGAUCACUUCUUCCGCUUUUAAUUGUACGACUGAAUCGAGGAGAAUGUCCUGGAAGACAGUUCGAGAAGAAUUCGUGUUAGUGCCAAGAAACGGAAGAUCCUCCCUCUGCCGAGAUCGAUGACUGUCGAUCGUAAGAAAAAGUGUGUGCAUGUGUGCUAAUCUAGGAGAACAAAAAAAAAAAAUUGCGGACAGUUUCCAAGGACUCUCCUUAUGAUAUGAUUGACCUUGCAAACUGUCCGUCGCAUCAAGCAACGUGCUUUUUCAUCAGUGUCAUCGUUUUUAGAUGACUGUCAUCAUCCCAGAGGAUAAAGAUUUAAAAAAAAAAAAGAAGAGAAAGAUGCGAAUUACAUUUUGCAUCUGCAUUAAUUCGGCUGUUAAAUUAAUUUCCUCUUGCAGAUGCAACAAGGGGAAAAAGUAACUUCGCCUAGUGUCAAUUCUACAAAUCUUAAGGUUGCGAUUUCCAAGGAAUCGUCUUCAAUCCUUCUGUAAAUAGACAUGCGUGAAAGUUUCCUGUAUCAGUGCCCAUGAUAAAAAGUCGGAUUAUCUUCGGAUUAUCUUCUCAUUGCAAAAGACUGAGGUGGCGAGAUCAACUCGCCCGUUAUCGUUUGUUUUAAUUGCUUUCUUCUUCUACGUCUCGACUUUCUCACGAAUAAAAUGCGAAAAACAUCAUCCGAUUACUCGCGUUCUUUCCUUUCUUCUUUUCUCUUUUCUUUUGGCUUGUGUUUAGCAUAGUAGCUCAUAAACUCCGAGACAUAGAAGUAUAUACUCAUUGGAAAAAAAAAACAAGGAAACAUACCAGAAAGUAACAAACGUAUGUACUUAAUUUUUUAAUCAUUAUAGCAACAUAUCUCUAACCGCUCGGGCUUAUUGUUUGCAAAGAGAAUGAAAGAAAAAAGGGAAAUUAUAAUAAUAUAAAAUUAUAUUGGCUGUUAAAUCUUUGAACUGAAACCGUUUCAGAGAAAGGAAUUGUAUGUACGAUUUCAAUUGCAAUGAAACUGGUCUUAUACAAGUUUUGCAAAAUGCACCUCUUUGUUGAAUAAAUCCUGACGAAUCGUCGCA